AUGGACACCAACAAACAACAGAAUCCUCCGGCCACGGACUCUGCUCCAAAUGCAGCAGCCUCUGCUCCGCCCACGCAGAACGGCCAGCGCCAGCCGUGGGUGGAGUGGUUCGGUGCCCAGGAACUCGACACAAAGACUGCAGGAGAGGGAGACGGGAAGCCUCAGACCUGCUCCAAUCGAACCCGAGCCGCUGAGGCGGACGCGGAGAUGCUGGAAGGAAUUUGA